AUGCUCCCGAAAGCCGGGUACCUCCGGGAGAGCGAGACAGGGGCUAUUUUAAACCAGUGUGACCUGCUCGGCUGGUCGCGGAAGGACCUGUGCAGUGAAUUUGGCAUUGGCAGACCUCGCCAGGCCACCACCUUCGACUGGACCCAUGAGGCUGUGGCCGGGGAGAGAGACUGGCCUGGUGAGACGGAGCAGGACAGGGAAUUCGGGACCAAAUCAAGCUGGGUCAGCACCCGCAGCGUCAGGACUGGGGACCAGCAGGACGGGUCCUUCGGCACCGCCAGGAAGGAUUGGGGCAGCGAUUACAAAGGGACAGAGCUGGUGGGGGAAACGAGACUGGGCUGCAGCGACUGGUCCAAAUCCCAUGGCGCAGAGGAAAGCUGUCUGCAGGAUCAAGACUUUGGUGCCGGCAAACCCAAGUGGGGCACGGGCUAUGGCUUGGACGGCGCAGGCAGCAGGGAGGAGAUCGGCUCCGGGAAGGCUGACUGGAGCAGCAGCUACGGCGUGGGGCACGGCCAGCAGCGGGACGAGGAGCUGAGCUCCAGGCAGCCCAGCUGGGCUGGCAGGUACGGCUCCGGGGACGCGGAGAGCCAGGACAGGGAGGUCACACCUGCCUGGGCUGGCCAAUAUGGCAGCAGCGAUGCGGAGAUGAAGGACAAGGAGCUCACCCCAGACUGGGCCAGUAAAUACAGCAGCAGGGAUGCUGAGACCAAGGACAAGGAUUUUACGCUGGGCUGGGCUGGCAGAUCCAGCACUGGGGACACCGGGACCGCAGACAAGGAGUUCAGCCCCAGCAGACCGGCCUGGGACAGCAAAUACAGCACCAGGGACAUGGAGAACCAGGACCGGGAGUUCAGCCCCAGCAGACCAGCCUGGGACAGCAAAUACAGCACCAGGGACAUGGAGAGCCAGGACAGGGAGUUCAGCCCCAGCAGGCCAGCUUGGACUGGCGAGUACAGCACGCGAGACAUGGAGAGCCAGGACCGGGAGUUCAGCCCCAGCAGACCGGCCUGGGAUAGCGAGUACCGCAGCAGGGAUGUGGAGAGCCAGGACCAGUUCAGGCCCAGCAGACCGGCCUGGGAUAGCGAGUACCGCAGCGGGGACAUGGAGGGCCAGGAGCGGGAGUUCAGCCCCAACAGACCAGCUGAACCCAGCGAGUACAGCACCAGGGACAUGGAGACCCAGGAUGGGGAGUUCGAACCCAGGAGACCGGCCUGGGAUGAUGGGUACAGCAGCAGAGAGAUGGAGACGCAGGACAAGGAGUUCAAACCCAGCAGACCAACCUGGGAUGAUGAGCACAGCACCAGGGACGUGGAGAGCCAGGACCAGGAGUUCAGCCCCAGCAGACCGGCCUGGGGUAGCGAGUACCGCAGCAAGGACAUGGAGACCCAGGACAGCGGGUUCAAACCCAGCAGACCGGCCUGGGAUGACAGAUACAGCACCAGGGACGUGGAGACGCAGGACGGGGAGUUCAGCCCCAGCAGACCAACCUGGGCCAGCGGGUACAGCUCCACGAACACGGAAAAGGAAGAAAGCGAGUUUAGUCCUGGCCGGCUGAGCUGGGCUGGUGAGCGCAGCAUUGGCCAAACUGAGCUGGUCGAUGCUUUUGGUGUCAGGAAAGGUGACCUGCCUGCCGCCCGUGGCCCCGAUCCCCUGGCCCAGGAGCCCGGCUGGGGCAGCACUGACCGGCAGGAGCGUGGUACCACCCAUAGCAGGGACUGGGCUGAAGAGCUUGGAGGAGCCGAAAGCACCCGUCUCUGGGACGCCAGCCUGCCGAUGGGUGACGCUCCGGCCGACCCCCCAGCUGCCAUGUCCCCCGGGAGUGAGCCGCCCAGCCCCACCGCGGAGGAGAGGGACCUCCCGGAGCCGGCCGCUGCCCCCCGGAGCCCCGGGGCCUCCCCUCUGCUGAUGGAGGCUGCCGGCGGGACACUGCCAGACACGCAGAGCGAAGAAGCCCCCUCGGACCACCCGGAUGGGAAGAGACCACCGAGCUGGGAGGAGAAGCGGCUCUCCCUGGGUGCCCCUCAGCCCGAGGGACCCACGGACCCCACUGGGCAGGAAUUCACCUUCCUGGAGGACACGGAGGUCCUGGACAGCAGCGUGUACCGCAGCAAGGCCAACCUGGGCCGCAAGCGCAGGCACCGGGCACCGGCCCUCCGUCCCGGGGCCACCUCGGAGGGGGACAGCUGGAUCUUCCGGGACUCCACAG